GGGUAAGGCUUGUGGCUUCAAAGUCAGCAGUUCUCAGAUGAGGUUUUCUUAGAUACCCAACCCUAGUGCUCAGAGCUUCCCUCUGGUCUGCUCAGUGGCUACUUUUCUGUGGUCAUCUGCUUUCCUUCCUCUGUUCUGACUUCUAGGUUCAGGCAGUAGAUUAUUUCCUGUGGUGACUUCCUCCAGCCUGGGUACUAAGAGCACAGGAAAGAGGAGAUAUAGUCCCAACCCUGAGGGACCUGCAGUCUUGUGCACAAUGCCACACACAAUGAGCCCUUGAAAAGAAACAGGAAAACAAAUGCAAAACAAUAAUAAUACUUUCCAUCUGUACUCCAAAGCCCUUUCAAAGACAUGAUUAUCUACAGUGCAGACUGCAUACGUGGUCUGGAAAAUGUGGACUGGUGGAGUGACAUGGAGUCACACAGAUGCAAUCCCCAGAGAUAUUCAUCCACUAAGCACAGAUGACACCUCGAGUUCUGCCUCCACUGCUUCUAACAGAUCACGGAAUAGGACUCGCUAUCGGACCAAAGCCAUGAGCUCUGAGGUGGAUGAGAGUCUCUUUGGCGGUGUCAAGCCAUUGGCCCAUGGCCAGAGCAACAGCCCCAUCGUGCUGCUCCGUGAUAAGCAUGCCAUCCGGAAAACUCUCAAUGCUCUGGGUGUGAACCGCAAGCCAGAGACCAUCCAGCUCAUCACCCGGGACAUGGUCCGAGAACUCAUUAUUCCCACAGAUGAUCCUUCUGGGGAAUCCCUGAUCAUCAGCCCUGAGGAGUUUGAACGGAUCAAGUGGGCAUCCCAGGUUCUGACCAAAGAAGAACUGGAGGCCAGGGAGCAGGCUUUCAAGAAGGAGAAGGAAGCCAUCAUGGACGCAGUGACAACACGCAAGAAGAUCAUGAAGCAGAAGGAAAUGGUGUGGAAUAACAAGAAGCUGAGUGACCUGGAGGAGGUGGCCAAGGAGCGGGCCCAGAACCUCCUGCAGAGAGCCAACAAGCUUCGGAUGGAGCAGGAGGAGGAGCUCAAGGACUUCAGCAAGAUCAUUCUGAAUGCCAAGUGCCACGCCAUCCGGGAUGCUCAGAUCCUGGAGAAGCAGCAGAUAAAAAAAGAAUUGGAUGCAGAGGAUAAGCGGUUGGAUCUGAUGAUGGAAGUGGAGCGGCAGAAAUCCAUUCAAAGGCAGGAGGAGCGGGAAAUGAAGAGGCGGGAGGAAAGAAUACGGGGAAAAAGGCACAUUGUGGAACAGAUUCAAAAGAAUGAAGAGGAGCGAUCGCUGCUUGCAGAGCUUCGUGAGCAGGAGAAGGAGCAGAUGUUGGCAUAUCUGGAGCGACUCCAGGAGGAGGAUCUACUGGAUAUGGAACGAAGGCACGAGGAAAAGCUGAAGAUGCAAGCUGAGAUUAAACGCAUCAAUGAUGAAAACCAGAAACAAAAAGCAGAGCGGAUGGCUCAGGAACAGUUGGCAGACCAGUUGGUGAUGGAGUUCACCAAGAAGAAGAUGGCUCGAGAAGCAGAAUUUGAGGCUGAGCAGGAGAAAAUUCGGAGGGAGAAAGAGAAGGAGAUUGCCCGCCUGAGGGCCAUUCAGGAGAAGGCCCAGGAUUACCGGGCAGAACAGGACGCCUUGCGGGCGAAGCGCAACCAGGAGGCUGCGGACAGAGAGUGGCGCCGAAAGGAGAAGGAAAACGCGCAGAAGAAGAUGGAGACAGAGGAAAAGCUGCGGAAAAGCCGGCUGGAGCAGGUGGCUUUCAAGGAGCACACACUGGCUGUUCAGGUGCAACGGGAACGGGAUGAGUUCGAGAGGAUCCUUCGGGCCCAGAGAGAGCAGAUUGAGAAGGAGAAGCUGGAGCAGGAAAAAAAGGCUACAGGGUGCCUACAGCAUGCCAACGAGCUCCGACGUCAGGUGCGAGAGAACCAGCAGAGGCAGGUACAGAACCGGCUUGCUACCUUUGAAGAGGGCCGGCGACUCAAAGAGGAGGCCCAGAAACGUCGUGAACGCAUCGAGGACAUCAAGAAGCAAAAGCUUGAGGAGCUGAGGGCCACUGGCCUUCCUGAGAAGUACUGCAUUGAAGCUGAGCACAAAGCUAACAUCCUGCCAACCACCUCUGUGAACUGAAGGGAAACCUCUUUGGGAAGAUGACAGAUUCUGUCCAGUCUCUUGAACAUCCACAAUUGCUGCUAACCCAAACAUUUCAUAGUUACAGAUUAAACCUAUGCUACUUAU